AUGAAGGCCAUUGCCAUUCUCGCGCUUGCCUCGUCGGCUGCAGCAUUUGCCGCGGGGGAUAUCGACCUGAACGAAACCACCGCCGGUUUGUUGCGAGGCCCCGACAGAAAGCUCCUCACCAACGCCCAAGUCCAAUCGAUCCACAACGACGCAGACAUUAACCGCCACUGCCACUGGGCCAAUGGCGGGUACCUCCAGACGUUGAAACGUGGCAAGUACGCGGCCAGCAAAUUCCACAAUUGUUUCCGCACGUCGGCGCAAAUCUUCGAUUACGUGGAUGAGUUGGUGGCGCAGAACCCAACUUUGUUGAAAAGAGAAGAGAUUUCGACCACCGUCCGAGGCAAGCCUAUCUACGCGUACAAACUGACCAGCGGCAGGUCCAAGCCCAAGUCGUUGUACUUCCAAAGUCUGGCCCACGCCCGGGAAUGGAUCGCGGGGUCGUCCAACUUGUAUGCGUUGUCUUCAAUCCUGGAUGACAUUGCCAACGGGAAAAAGACGGCGGCGGACAAGUUCAACUUGUACUUUGUGCCGAUCGUCAACAUUGACGGAUACGACAUCUCGUGGACGAACGGCAAGCGGUUGCAGCGUAAGAAUGCCAACGAAGUCGACCUGAACCGCAACUGGUUGCAUCACGGACGAAACUUUCCCUGGCCUGCGUCCGGCGAGCGAGCCAGAAACUCAGGGGAUUGCGAAGUGGCUCCACGAGAAGAACUCUGA